CCGGCCUGAGCGGCGCUUUGUCCCUCGACUCUUUUGGCUCUUUCGGGUGUCAGAGUCCGCCGCGUUGGUUCCUCUUUCGUUUCGUUGCCCUUCCGCCCAGCACGACGACGACGACUCCGCCGCCAGUGCCACGAGUGUUGUAGGGUCACCGAUGCGGCCGUGGGGGUCACCGAGGCAGGCGACUCGCGGCCCGCGCGAUGCAGGGAGGAGCCUGGGCGAGGAGGAGAGCCGUCGUCUCGCUCGCCCUCGGGAUUGUAUUCUUCACCAGGCUGGUGUCUUGUCAAGCCUGCAGUGCAGAAUUCUACAAAACGAGUAACAACAUCUGUUGCAAGCUAUGCCGCGCCGGAACUUACAAGGCAGUGGACUGCACAGAGAAUGGAAAGGAUGCUUUCUGUUUGUUGUGUCCCGAGGGCCUCUACAUGGAGACAGAAAACCACGCCACAUCCUGUAACCCGUGUAAGAAAUGUGGAAAAGACGAAACCAUUAAGACUCCAUGCACUAUCGCAUCGAAUACCCAGUGCCGGUGCAAAGAGGGCCUUCAGUGGAAUCCAGAGACCAGAACUUGUUCGAUGACCGAGCCAGGUGCGAUAGUAAAACCAGUGACACAUUUGGCCGUGUUCAUUCUUAUUUUAUUGCUGAUUUGGAUCGCUCGAUAUAUGUGGAAGUUCUUCAAAAAUCUAAAACAAACAUGGGAACGAAAGGAUCAACUACCCAUGUUCCGGCCACAGUCAGACGAGUUGGAAAUGCUGAUUACAAAUGUUAAGGCCGAGCAGGACGGACCGGCGUUCUUUUUACUGAAAAACAAGAAGAGGGAUUUGAAGCUCUGGCUCAGAGUCAACCCAGAGCACCUUCUGGAGCACCUCGACAGCAACAAUCUGAUGUCACGUGACUUCUACAAACGAGCCACAGCCUUGCCUCCUGAAGAACGCAUCGACGCUGUGCUCACACAUUUCAUGAUGGGCGGAGAGCACCAAUGUCGUGUCCUGCUGAGGGCUCUUUUUGAUGUGAGAAAGACUUACGCUGAUGUGUGGAAUUGGCUGAUGGAUACGGACAGGAAGGUGAAGUUAAUCAUCGUGGAAGGACAGUCACUGAGAGCUAUUCGCAUGAAGAAACUUGAACUUAAGCAAUGGCUGAGCUCCAAUCCGAGCCACCUUGUGGACAAGUUAAAAAAAUACGGGUUCCUGACAGCUUACAAAGCGCCUUCGUUCACAAACAGCGAGGAAUGCACCUUGAAUGUUCUGAAUCACUUCAUCGACCGAGGGGACAAAGGCUGCGAGAAGCUCCUGUUUGCCCUUCAAGCCGUGCACGUCCACUACGCCCACUUACACACGUGGCUGCGCUCUCUCGGUUUCUUCAUGGAAAUUCUGAACAAUUCCCCCUUAUUUAUCAUGCAACGUAGCGACGCUGAACUCAGCAAUACUCUGCAGAAAUGCCUCCCCAAGCUGAUAAAUAUACUGCAAAGUGAUGUAAAAUUUCUUGUACGUCACCUCCUCCAACAAAACCUCAUCACUAAGGAGACAGAGGCGACGUUGCUUGGAGAGGCAACGGAGAUGAAGAAGUCUGUCACGCUGCAGGAUGUCGUGAAGAAACAUCCGCGUUGCGCGAGCAAACUGUGGGAGAUCGUGUGGGGUCUCCGAGAUUCCCACCCACAGCUCACAGAGUUUUGUCUGCAGCUUUGAGCCCCCCCCCCCCCUUCCAAAAGUAAUCUUUGGUUGAUUAUAACAUUUAUGCAAACAACAAAUUCACAGCCAGUCAGCUUCAAGGGGAAUUGCAUAUGGGUGGGUGGAGACAGUAGGUGGGCACAUCUCUGCUUUAUUGACCUGGUCAAGGCUUAUGAUACCAUCAACAUGCCAGGGCUGUGAGCAGUUGUUCAUCCUUUCGGAGUCCCUGACUCUCUGUUCACAAUCAUUAAGGGCCUUCAUGAUGGUGGACAGGCCCGGGUAAAGCUACGUCGCCAGGAGUCAGAGCCAUCCCCUGGUCACCUUCUAUUUGGCCGCAUAAAGGGGGCUAAACGGGCACGACAUGGGCUGGAGAAGAGAUGGUCUGAUGCGGUAUGUGAUGAUGUAGCGCUGAAUAGACUUGCCGACGACUGGUACCAGUGGUGUCAAGAUCGGCCUCUAUAGAGGAGGCUCGUGAAGGACGCUGCUAGGCAAUUUGGAGGCAGUCGCCCUCCAGCAACAACGGAGGGCAGAGGAGCAACGCUCACAACAAUGAGCAGAGCACCCAGCGGCUAAAACGCAGCAAGUCGGCACAGUAGGGGGCACAGCUGGUAGUGCAUCUACCGGUCAUCUCAGUCAGCCAAUCCAUGGCACCUGUUGGGUCUGUCCCGAGACUUGUCAGCGAGCCUUCGACACUUCACGUGGCCUCAAAGUGCACUUGGCCUGGCAUAGGUACCGUGGUGAUGUCACCGUCACUUAGUGGCGAAUGGCGGCUGUAUUGGUGGGUGGGGACAGUUGUGGUGGGUGGGG